ACGAUCGUUCGAUCACGCUAGUGGGAAAGAAUUCCCAGGUACAAACCACUCAACCACAAGCAGCUCCUCCCCAGGAUCAUCGGCAACGGUCCCGGAGCAUGUCGCAGAAUGCAAGAAUUUUCCGUUCAUCCUUCAGCCAGAGUAUAAGUGGGCCGUCGAGCUCCGAGGAAUGCUCACCUCUCCUUCCCCAUGUCCUGUCUUACGAGAAGGGGAAGGAUAAGGAUAACGACCUUGCUAUUCUCGAGAAUCAGGAUAAUAUCAUUGGGGACGAGGAGUUUGGCGGCACCGAGGCCAGGCGACGACUAGAGAAGAAGCUCGUGCGCAAGCUAGAUGCUCGGAUGUCUAUCCUCAUUGUCAUUUACAUCCUUAACUACAUUGACAGAAAUAACGCAUCCGCUGCACGACUACGUGGCUUCGAGACGGAUCUUAACUUGAAGGGCCAAGAAUUCAACACACUUCUCAGUAUCCUAUACGUCGGCUAUAUUCUCAUGCAAAUUCCUUCUAAUAUGUUUCUCAAUUACAUCGGCAAGCCAUCAAUAUACUUGCCUGUCUGUAUGAUUAUCUGGGGUGCAAUCUCCUGCUUGACCGGUAUCACCCAUAAUUUUAUUGGCGCUCUCAUGACACGAUUCUUCCUCGGUUUCGUAGAAGCUGCAUUCUUCCCCGGUGCUCUAUUCCUCCUCAGUAAAUGGUACACGAGAAAAGAGCUCGGUGUUCGCACUGCCAUGCUGUCUUGUGGAAGCUUGAUUAGUAACGCGUUUGGUUCACUCAUCGCUUCCGGCAUUCUCGAAGGCAUGCAAGGCAAACUCGGUCACUCUGCGUGGCGAUGGCUUUUCUACAUUGAGGGUGCACUCACUGUCGCCGUCGCCAUUCUCGCCAUUUUCAUCCUUCCAGACUUCCCAGCAACAUCACGCAGUUGGCUCAGCGAGGAAGAAGUCCGUCUCGCUGAAAAACGUAUGACCGAGGAUGUCGGUGUCGGCGACAAGGGCGAGACUGAAGGUCACGGUCAUGUCCGCGGACUUGUCAUGGCUAUGACAGAUUGGAAGGUCUGGUGGCUUGCUGUAGCUCUCACGUCCAUGGUAGUAUCGCUUUCCUUCAAUGCUUUCUUCCCGACGCUCAGCGCUACCAUGGGCUACGACCGUACCGUCACCCUCCUCUUGUGUGCUCCCCCAUGGGCUUUCGCCACAAUUGUUGCGUUCGCAGUGACCAGGCACUCAGACCGAGUCGGCGAGCGAUUCUGGCACAUUGCUGGCCCUCUUUUCUUCGGUAUCAUUGGCUUCGUCAUCGCUGUAUCCACAAUGAACACGGCUGCACGCUAUGUCUCAUUGUUCCUGAUGGCCCAAUCCUACGCUGGUUUCAUCGUCUUCCUCACCUGGAUCUCCAAUUCCAUCCCACGUCCGCCAUCCAAGCGAGCUGUCGCUCUUGCGUUCAUCAACGCCUUCUCCCAGCUCGGCAACAUUGCCGGCUCCUACGUCUGGCCAACGGGGUGGGGACCUUCUUACCGCCACUCCUACGCCAUCUGUAUUUCAACCAAUGGGUUGACGAUCAUCAUGUGCUACUUCUUCAAGCGACACUUGGACUCCUUAAACAAAAGGCUCGAGGCCAAGGAAGAGGAGGAGGGAAGAUCCAAGGGAUUCCGAUUCUUGUCAUGAUUUACCGCAGUAGAGAGACGAGAUUUUAUGCACAUGCCUCAGGCUAUAUCUCUCUGACGACUUGCGCCUUGGCGACAUCUUUCGUUAUGCUCUUUGUUUCAUGAGGGGUACAUACAGUAGACUCCUGCAAUGUUGUAUGUUGCAGUAGACGGCAUAAUCCUGUAUUUUAUAUGCUCAAUUUACAUCCUCUUGUCACUGUCGCACUAGAAUAAGCUCUUCCCAAGUGAAUUAUUCAUUCGG